ACUACUCUAAGUGCGAGCACUCUUCUGUUCAGAGUCUGUGGUUCUCAAUGUGAUGAAUACACUGUCUCGCUUCUUCUUCACUUCUCUGUUGCAAUUCACUGAGCAAAAGAACCUUAAAAAAGGAAGAGCUUUGCAUGCCCAAAUCUUGAAAACUGGUCUGGGUUCAGAUAUAUUCCUUGCUAACAGCCUUGUUAACUUGUAUGCCAAGUGUGGUAACUUGGUCGAAGCCAAGCUCGAGUUCGAAGAGAUAGAGGCCAAAGACGUCGUCUCAUGGAACUGCAUUAUCAACGGCUACUCUCAACAGAGCCUCGGAGGCUCUGUUAUUGUCAUGGAGCUGUUUCAGCUGAUGAGAGCAGAGAACACCUUCCCCAACCCCCACACUUUUGCCGGGGUUUUUACAGCCGCCUCCAAUCUCUCAGAUGCUUCUGUUGGACAGCAGGCUCACUCCCUUGCAAUUAAGACUGCCAAUUGUUCAGAUGUGUUUGUGGGCAGCUCUCUUUUAAACAUGUACUGCAAAUCUGGUCUUCUUUUGGAGGCUCGCCGUGUGUUUGAUAGAAUGCCCCAAAGGAAUCCUGUUUCAUGGGCUGCGAUGAUUUCUGGGUAUGCUAUUGAAAGACUUGCAGUGGAAGCUUUUGCGCUUUUUAAAUUAAUGCGUCAGGAAGAGGAGGGUGAGAAUGAAUUUGUACUCACCAGUCUAUUAAGUGCAUUGGUUCUUCCUGAAUUCGUAGAGAGUGGAAAGCAAAUACAUGGUCUUGCGCUUAAAAAUGGGUUGUUAUCAUUUGUUUCUGUUGGGAAUUCUCUUGUCACCAUGUAUGCAAAAUGUGGGAGCUUAGAUGAUGCACUUCAAACAUUCAAGUCCGCGAGUGACAAGAACUCUAUCACUUGGUCUGCCAUAAUUACUGGGUAUGCUCAGACUGGGGAUUCUAACACUGCUUUAAGGAUUUUUUCAGAGAUGCAGAAUGCUGGGUUCAGGCCUAGCGAGUUCACCUUUGUUGGGGUACUCAAUGCUUGUAGUGAGACUGGCGCUGAUAGGGAAGGAAAGCAAAUUCAUGUCUAUUUGUUGAAAUUGGGAUUUGAAUCCCAAAUUUUCAUAAGGACCUCGUUGGUUGACAUGUAUGCAAAAUGUGGUGAAGUCAAUGAUGCUCGAAAGGGGUUUGAUCAGUUAAAAGAUCCUGAUUUUGUGUUAUGGACUUCAAUGAUAGGAGGGUAUGUACAGAACGGGGAGAAUGAGGAGGCUUUGAAUUUGUAUGGUAUAAUGCAGAUGGAGGGGAUCUUGCCUAAUGAGUUGACUAUGGCUAGUGUCCUCAAAGCCUGUUCUAGUCUUGCAGCUUUGGAUCAAGGCAAGCAAGUCCAUGCUUGCACUGUCAAGUAUGGUUUUAGUUUAGAAGUUCCAAUAGGAAGUGCCUUGUCAACAAUGUAUGCAAAGUGUGGGAACCUUGAAGAUGCUAACAUUGUCUUUAGACGAAUGCCUGGGAGGGAUGUGGUCUCAUGGAAUUCGAUGAUAUCUGGUCUCUCUCAAAAUGGUUGUGGUGACGAAGCUCUUGAGCUUUUUGAGGAGAUGCGAUUGGAUGGUACAAAGCCAGACUAUGUCACAUUUGUUAACAUUCUCUCUGCUUGUAGCCAUAUGGGUUUGGUAGAGAGAGGUUGGGUCUACUUCAAGUUGAUGUUUGAUGAAUAUGGCAUAGUCCCAAUGGUAGAGCACUAUGCUUGCAUGGUUGAUAUCCUCAGUCGUGCUGGGAAACUUGAAGAAGCCAAAGAGUUUAUUGACUCAGUUCCUAUUGAUCACGGAAUGUAUUUGUGGCGCAUUUUGUUGAGCGCUUGUCGGAAUUAUCGUAAUUUUGAUAUAGGAGCAUAUGCAGGGGAGAGAUUAAUAGAGCUUGGAUCACAAGAAUCAUCUGCUUAUGUGUUACUGUCAAGUAUCUAUACUGCCCUAGGCAGGUGGGAAGAUGUGGAACGCGUUAGAAGGGCGAUGAGACUUCGAGGGGUGAACAAAGAACCCGGGUGUAGUUGGAUUGAGGUUAAGAGUCGGGUGCAUGUGUUUGUUGUUGGAGAUCAGUUGCACCCACAAAUUGUUGAAAUACGUAAAGUGAUACAGAGAUUAGUGAAACAAAUGAAGGAUGAAGGUUAUCAGCCUUCUUUUGAUUCAUUAUUUCGUGAUUUUUCUAACAUGAAAUAAUGAAGAGUUUUGUACUUGUAGAAAUUUGUUUAUCUGAUUCUUUUGCCAAAUAUGUGGCAACUUCUUCCACUUUUUUGAAGCAUAAAGAAACUGAUUCACUAUGUAUCAAAAAUUUAUUGCUGAAAAAAAAUUGAGCUGAAGAUUCUAUA